CCCAGCUCUUGUCCUCUUGUAUGGAGAGCAGAGCUCUGAGGUGGACGGACAGGAGUCACAGACCGGGUCGGAUUCCGCAUCAGAAGGAGUCACAAUAAGUUGUAAAUCUCAAGGCGGAACCCGAUCUCAGUGAGACCUUGAAGCCUUCUGGCAUUGGACUUUAAACUACUGGAUGUUUCAAAUUGUUUAUUUAUUUAGACAGCACUUGUAAGGCAAGUUUCCUCUGCACUUUGUUACCGGACAAAGGAUAAUAACACCGACCAGGCUGCUGUAUUUACUGACGAAUAUUACUAGAAAAUACGGCUAAUAAUUGCUGUUUAACUCAUGCAUUGUGUGUUUAAUAGGCUGAUCUCAGCUGUGUGAGUUGCUCUUGGCUAUUUUGUUGCUAUAUUUGCAGGGUAGAAAUAUAUUUUCAUACAAAGCUUUUAGCAGCAGCAACUUGCCAAUAACAGGGAACGAUUUAGCACAGCACUGAGUACUUGGCUACCAGCACACUUCUCCCUGCGCUUGACCAAUCCGGUUAAAUUUAGUUUACUCAGGAAAAUGAUGCGGAUGCCUAAAGGCGUCUCUCCGGCAUCGGGUCGGCCAGUAGUGGGACUGCCUUGCUCUCAGCAGAAGGUGAAGGUUUUGUCCACCGCAGGAGUGAAGACCGAGUUCUUCAGCACCGGACUGUCUAGCCCGCUGAUGAGCACGGUACCUGCCGGCUAUUUCACCCAGAUCUGCAACGCCGCCACGGCCGAACAAAGAGCCAACAGCCUGUAUUCAACCCCCCAUGGCCCCGAGGCUAAACCCAUCAGAUCAUCCUCCGGGCGACUGCCGGCUAAAAGGAAGCUGGAUCUAGAGGACCCACUUUACUUGCCAGAGUUCCGCACACCAAAAGGCAAAGGCAGCAUCGCAGCCAGGAUACCAAGUCCAAGAACUCCAAAGUCUCCAGGUGAGCGGACGCGGUACGACACUUCCUUGGGCCUGCUGACCAAGAAAUUUGUGGGUCUGAUUGCUGAGUCUCCUGAUGGAGUUCUUGACCUGAACUGGGCCACUGAGGUUCUGGAGGUCCAGAAGAGACGCAUCUAUGACAUCACCAACGUCCUGGAGGGAGUCCAGCUCAUCCGAAAGAAGUCCAAGAACAACAUCCAGUGGCUGGUUGGAGAUGUAUUUGAGGGCGGUGCAGGUGGAGGCGAGAAGGCUUGUGCCCUGAGGAAAGAGCUUGGAGACCUGGACAGAGUAGAGAGAUCUCUCGAUGAACUGAUCCACUCCAGCACCACACAGCUCAAACAACUCACAGAUUAUGAAGAUAAUCAGAGGUUGGGCUAUGUGACAUAUCAGGACAUCCGCGCCAUCGGCAGUCUUCGAGACCAGACAGUCAUUGCUGUCAAGGCUCCAGCUGACACCAAACUGGAGGUGCCAGACAUGGCAGGGCAGGGGUCAUUACAGAUCUAUUUAAAGAGCAAGAAUGGCCCCAUUGAAGUCUACCUUUGUCCAGAGGAGGGUCUCGAAGAUGCUAGCCCAGUUAAAAGCGUUGUCACUCCUAAAAAGGAGUUCCCUCAACCCCUCGGCCCUCCAACUGCAACCCCGAUGGUGCAACCAAGCUACAGCGUCAAAGAGGAGCCUGCUGAAUCCAACAUGUCUACAGCAGCUCCAGCCACCUCCUCAGCUGCAGCCACCGGUGCCUCUCUGCUGGACGUCGAGGGUCUGCUGGGUUUGCCCCCCAGCCUGCUCCAGAUCACAGAGGACCAGCUCCCUGGCACCUCUUUCACCCCAGACCCCAACACCCCAUUUGUCAGUUUCUCUCCACCUUUGGACCACGACGAUUACCUCUGGAGCCUGGAGGAUGGCGAGGGAGUGUCAGAUUUCUUCGACACAUAUGAUCUUGGAGAUCUGUUGAAGAGCUGAGGUAUAGAUGAAGGAGGGGGGAGGAAAUUUGGGGAGAAGAGGGGGGAAAUAUUUUAUUGAAUGCCUUCUCGAGGUAGGAAAUAUUACACUAUGAAGCCAUCACUCUUUGUUUUUGCCAUGCCUGUUUUAAUGUCAGUAAUUCCAAAGGAGGAGUUACCCCCUUUGUUUAUUUUAAUAAAGUAAAAAUGAUUUGUACAUAUGAUUGUAAAAAAUUAUCAGCCUGGGAGGUUGGAGGAGGCUGAGAUUGACACUGAUGUGAGUAAUCUCCAACUGUUCGGAAACACUGUUUAAAAUGCAGGGAUUGUUUGGGAUUUUCUGUCACAUUUUCAGAUUGCGCUACAAAGAUAAAAAUGUAUAAACUCAUACAAACACAGGAGUUAUUAUGGAUAUCACAUCACCAGCAACAAAAUCUGAUGCAUUUGGGUAUCAGGUGGUGUUUACAGUGUGACAACUCAGGAAUUUUUUUUCUUCCUUGUUUCCAAAGUCUAAAUGUUUGCGCCACUCUUUGGCCCAUAGGGGGCAGCCUUGUAUUGUGUCAGCUUUAACUGCCAUGCAGCUUUACAGGAUUCAAUUACUGGAGGAGAGUAAGCUAAACCCAUCAAUAUCCAUACAGAGGGUGUGUUCUUAAGAGUCCUAGUAUCUUCAACAUUGACCAAAUGAAGCUGUGAAUAACCUGUUUAAUACCAGUCCUUGUAGAUCCACAAGCAUCUAUAGCUUGAACAUACUGUAUUGUGUGAAAUCUGAUUUUGAAUGUGCUCAUGUUGUUUCUCUCUGAUCAGAUUUGCUCUCUCCUGCCUUAAGCUUUGUGUCAGGCCUUGUACCUCUUUGGUGCUGCGUUCUGUGCCAAAAUGUGAAAGGUAGCCUCUGACAGCCGACACUGGACCCAGAUCCAGAGUUAAUGACUCAUAAUUGGUACUUUGUGAACACAUACAAUCUCUACUGAGCAAGAGAGUCACACUCACUCUCGUUGGUUUGGCAGCUUUAUUUCAAAUCCAGGUGCUUGUCUGUUGAUGUGAGUUUGCUGAUUUUAAUAGAGGAUUCUUGAUUUAGUAGUGUAAAACUACUAUUGUAUUUCUGAGGAAAUAACCCAAAAUAAACUAAAUGCAGCAUCUGUGUUGCAGGGGGUUAAUUGAUGUAAUUAAGGUUUGAUUAGAGUAGUAAUUUCUUUUUCCUUUUGUUUCCUUGUUUCCUUUUGGAAAUUUUUAUUUCAUGCUGAUGUUGUUUUGGCUUUCCCUCUACACUGCAGAGAUAAGCUAAGUGUCCUGUCCUAACAAAACUUGAAAAAAUGUGUGUUUGUGUGUGUAUCUGACAGCUUUGGAAAUGGGUGUCAUGGUGUGUUUGUGCGUGAGUUUUUACAAUGUAGAUUAGAGGAUUUGAAUUCAGAAUUUGUAGAGUUUUUUUGUUCAAUGAGCAUUAUUUUUCUGGUAUUUGUACAUAAUUGGUUUUGUAUUUAUACCUAUUUUUCUGAAUGAAUUUUUUGGAUAUUGAUACUGUUUUGUAUGACAUGCAGCACUUAAUAUUUUGUAAUAUUGUGUGGUCUGUUUGAAAUUAUUAAAUAAAUGCUGAAGCCAUGGUUUACACUUGGAA